CCUCGGAGAUUGUCAUGGAGAGGCGCACGCGUCUCUCUCGGGCAGAAGGCGAGGAGAGCUGGCCAGGACGAAGUGGCCGGCAUUGCCAUUCAUAGAUCAUACAUACACGCACAUUCAGUCACAAUCAGUGACCGGGAGUGGGGAAAAUGUGACUGAGGCGUGCUCUUGAGAGAGCUUCACAAAUCGAAUGACUACUCCAUUAUCAGUAACUCACAAAUAGCUGCGCUUGGCGCACGUUCUCACCCAGAGCUUGCCAUCUUGGCUUAAUAUUCCUUCACUAAAGAAGCUUCCUUUUUCAAGUGCUGUGUACCAAAUCCCUUUGCGGAUUAGGGUGAAAGAAAUUGUGGCCACAAAUGUGUCCUAAUAGCUACUUAAUUUAAAACUUGUUCGUAUUUAGUGUUACAGUAACUUCCAGUUUAGCCGCUCAAUCUUCAAUUAUACAGUUACAAAAAGUAAAACGUUUGAUAAAAAGAAGAUGCAAUUAGUCAUGAAUUGAGCCUUAUAUCUCUGGAAAUUGUCUAUUUGGUGCUUUUGCGGAUGUUCUAUUGCUAAUUUUUAUAACUUUAAAGAGUCACUAAAAGUUUAAAAGAUUAUGUGAUUUUUUAAUCGUUUCUUCAAUUUAACUAAAUUAAAAGAAUUGAAGCAACGUUUCUUCUUCACCAACAAAAAGUGCGUGAAUUGUGCAAUACAGAAUCUUCACAAGAUAUAUUUCACUUCCUCCACAUACUCAGAAAAAAAGAAUAACAUUUUGCAACCAUGCCUGUGAACUAUGAUAUGGUGAUUUCUCAGAGCCCUCCGGUGUUCAGUCACAGUCCACCCACCGGAUUUCUCAGUGAUUGCACAGUUAAUUUUAGAAGACCAUUCGAAACACCAUGCUACCGACCAUCAGUUCUCUUGGCGUCGCCAACAAACCAAAGGAAGAAUACAUUAUCGAUAAAAAUGGCAAAUACGCCCAAGAGAUCCUGCCUGAUAACUCACACCGAUACCAACAUCCUUAGCGAUUCUUCCUGCCAGUCAAGUGACAAGAAAAGCGACAUUGGAGUCUGUGGUCGAACGAAAAAGCGUGUGAUAUUUGCUGAUGAUAAGGGACUAGAGUUAGUGCAGGUGAAAGUAAUGUCGGAGCCAUCCAAUGUGCCACCCUUCUGGAGUCUACAAUUCCUGGCCCACGUGACACAGGGUAUGAUCAGUCCUGUGCCACCGGAACAAUGGGUAGUGGAUUUCCAGCAGCCGGCAUCAGACUACUUAGCAUUCCGGCAAAAACUUGAGAUGAAGAAUGUAUCUCUGGAGAAUGUGAUUGUGAAGGAGAAUGACUCGAUAGUUGUGGGUACAGUGAAGGUGAAGAAUCUGCAUUUCACCAAGGAGGUAAUAGUCAGAGCCACAUGGGACAAUUGGAAGAGCCAAGAGGACAUCUUCUGUGUGUUCUCCAAAGUGGCUGGUGCAUCUGGAGCUUACGUCCUCUACGACACUUUCUCUUUCCGUCUCACCCUUCCUCCCGCCUCAAAGACCCUAGAAUUCUGUGUUUGCUUCCGUUGCAAUGGCACAGAGUUCUGGGAUAACAAUGAUGGGCGCAACUAUACACUGUCCAAGCGUCUGAGUGACAAAGCUACAGAUCCUUUUGUGAGCUUCGAUCGGGCUAAGAGCCAACAAAAAUGUGCCAUUAAUUCAGGUGAUCAACAGGGAAUAAAGGUGCCCACAUGGUCAGAAGUGAGCUCGUGGAAUCAGACGGAGAGCCCCUACUGGUGAGUCUCUCUACGUUGAUCGUCACCAUCACCGGACGAUGCACCCUACAGGACUUUCAUUUCUUCUGCCACUCUCUCUGGGAAAAUCGUCAUCAAAAUUUUAGGGGUGAUACGCCGCUAAAUUAAAACGCUCAAAGAAACAAUUUGGGGGUUUGCUAUUGAAGAACCUUCCCAAGAUCAUACAAACUCAAGCGAAAGAUGAUGCUUAUAGACUGGAAAAAUUUGUGAAAAAAAAGCGGCUAAAAUCCACGGAAUCAGUAAAAGAGGAUUGUGAAGAAAUUACAUACUCAAAAGAAAUUUAAGUUUACUUUACCUGAACAUACAUUAUUUUUGCCUUACAUGUACCCUUAAUUCUUUUCCACAUUAAUUCCUUUUAAGUGCCUUUUGAUAUAAUAGAAAAGUCUCCUUUUUUAUUGUGUAAGACAAAAUACAAAAAAAAAUUGUAAAGUCUUCCCAAACUACAAAAGAAUAUCACAACUUGCUAAAAAAAUUUUUAAUUCUCCUUUAUAUUUAAAAAUAUGAUGAGAAAAAAAGAUGAAUUGAUGAAAAUGGUAACUAAAAGACUGAAACUAAAUGAUGAAAACAAAUUGUUGAGAGGGAAUACAAAUUACUAAUUUAUAACACUGUCUGAAAGGGAAAAAAAGCAAUACGAUUUUAUGUAAGCGACAAAGCCAUCAAAAUGUACAAUUUGCCUAAAUGUUUAAAAAGAAAAAUAACAAACUUCAAAAGAAGAAACGAUAUUGUGUAUGGUUUAUUUCACCUUUGCUUUAUUUCUUUUUAUUAUUAUUAUUUUUUUUUUGCAAACUGAUAAUACCGAAUAAUAAAUUAUAUUGCAUACUUGCAGUAAUUUUGAUGAUAAUACUGAUAGUGAUGAGAAAUUGUUUGUAAAUAUGCAUACUGAUAAUUUAAAUUAGUGUCUAGUCCUGAUUUUCAAUUUGAAGCCUAUUACAAACUUUCAAAACAGUCUGUUGUCGAUAAUAUUAUUGUUUUGUUCUUACCUAUUUUUUUCCAUUUGGAUUGAUUAUUCUUAUCUGUGCAGCCCACACAUAAUUUUUUUUUUAUAUUAAAUUGUCCCUAUAAUAUUAGUGUUAAUGAAAGUGUAAAGUUGAGAUUAUCAAUAAUAUUUUUUAUCAUGAAAACUUUUGUUGAUCGAAAGCCAACAUGGUAAGCAGGAGUAGCUACUUUCUAGGUGUCUCUAAACAUUUUGAGAGAAUUUUAAUAAUGUGAAGAACUGUAUACAAAAUAAAAAUAUUUUUUAUAAACAUA